UUCGUCAUAGCAUUCAUGGACAAUUAUUUGACAGAUUUCGAUUUAGAACUAUUCGUAACGACAUCACGUACAACUACAGUAAACGUCGAAGUCACAUCACCUAAAUGGACGAACCCAUCUGUCAACGAACAAUUCACAGUAACUGCUGGCGUUGUCAAACAACUUUUUAUUGACCUUAGGUUGCGUUUGGAAGGAACAGUUAAAGAGUCAAAAGGUAUUCGUGUGUCUUCAGACGAUGAGGUGGUUAUUUAUGGUGUUAACAAACAAAAGUAUUCCAACGAUGCUUUCCUUGGUCUCCCCGUAGAUGUCCUUUCAGAUGAGUAUUUUGCUGUAACAUAUUAUCCACCUUACCGUAUGACACAAUUAUGUGUUGUAGGUGUGAGCGACUCAACCAAUGUUCAAAUAAAGCUGCCAUCCUGUUCAAAUUGUGGAAGCGUAACCUAUAACGGAAAGAAAUACUCGAAAGGUAAGACAAUCUCUGUCAAUAUGAACAGUUAUGAUGCAAUUCAGCUCCAAAGCACAGGUGAUCUUACUGGAGCUUAUAUUACUAGCGACAAGCCUGUUUCAGCAUUCAGUGGAAACAGAAAGACAAACACAGGAUCAGGAGGCAGUCAAGAUCACUUGGUAGAGCAUCUAACUCCAGUUAAUACAUGGGGAAAGAGGUUUGCAACUGUUCCUACACCAGCAAGAACCACUGGAGAUUACUUUAAAUUUAUUGCUAGUGAAGAUUCCACUCAAGUUACCUAUAAAUGCAAUAAAAACGGGCGGAUAUCGACAAAUUCAUUCACCUUAUCCAAUUUAGGUGACCAAAAUCAAAUUUCGAUCGACUCCAAUAAUUACUGCUAUAUCACAGCCGAUAAACCAAUAUUCCUUGUGAUGAUUGUUAAAAGUCAAGUAUCAUCAGCGGAACCAGCUGAUCCCUCUAUGCUUAUAAUUCCACCUAUUGAACAAUAUGCUGCCGAUUACACAUUCACAACACCUAAAUAUAGUCUAGGAAGUUACGAAAACUUUUUUCUUUUUGUGGUGAACAAGGCAGAUAAAAGUGGACUAAAAAUCGACGGAGGUUCUUUCCCAUCCAACACUGCGUACUUCGAUAUUCCAGAUACCGAUCUUGUAGGAGGGUACAUCUCAAUAUCGGAUGGAUCACAUACUGUUCGUCAUGCCUCACCAAUUUCUAUAUUUGGAGGAUUUCUUUAUGGAAAGGCUAACUAUGAAACGUAUGGAUUCACUACAGGAAUGAGAAUGGCAAAAAUUAAUUCGAUAUGUGUGCCGACUUCUACAGUUGUUGGUGAUGGUAUUGACAAUGAUUGUGAUGGACUUAUUGAUGAAGAACUGUGUACAACAGAAAAUCAAAAUAAAGAUGACGAUGGUGAUGGUGUAACAGAAGAAGAUUGUGCAAAACCGCCACCAAUUAACGGUGCUUGGGCAGAUUGGGCAUCGUGGGGUAGUUGUUCAGUAUCAUGCAAUCCUUCCGGCUCUAGCGCGAGUGGUACAUACACUAGAACCAGAACCUGUUCGAAUCCAGAACCAAAGUAUGAUGGAACACAGUGCGUUGGUGACACAAGUCAAUCCAGCUCCUGUUCACCGACUAUCUAUUGUCCAAUUAAUGGAAACUGGGGAUCAUGGGGUUCUUAUGGAUCAUGUUCAGUAACUUGUGGAACAGGAGAUAAAACAAAGACAAGAUCUUGUAAUAAUCCUGCUCCUGCACACAAUGGAAACCAAUGUAGUGGUUCAGGGAUUAACUCAAACAGUUGUACAAUGGUAGCAUGUCCAGUUGAUGGUCAGUGGGGAAGCUGGGCUUCAUGGGGAACUUGUUCUGUAACAUGCGCAAGCGGAACUGAGACGAGACAACGCCAGUGUGAUAGUCCUGCACCACAGCAUAAUGGACAAAGCUGUAGUGGUUCGGGUACAGAAACAAAGACAUGUACAAAAGUGUCUUGUCCAGUUGAUGGUCAGUGGGGAAGCUGGGUUUCCUGGGGAUCUUGUUCUGUAACCUGUGCAAGCGGAACCCAAAACAGACAACGCCAAUGUGAUAGUCCUGCACAACAACAUAAUGGAUUAGACUGUGUUGGCUCGGGUACAGAUACAAAGACAUGUACAAAAGUAGCAUGUCCAGUUGAUGGUAAUUGGGGGAGUUGGGCUUCUUGGGAUAGCUGUUCAGUAACUUGCGCAAGCGGAGCCCAAAACAGGCAACGCCAGUGUGACAACCCAGCAGCACAACACAAUGGACAGGACUGCAGUGGUUCGGGUACAGAUACACAGACAUGUACUGGAGUCCCUUGCCCAAUUGAUGGUGUAUGGGGAAAUUGGGCUUCCUGGGGUAGCUGUUCAGUAACCUGCGCAAGCGGAACCCAAAACAGACAACGCCAGUGUGAUAGUCCAACACCACAACACUCUGGACAGGACUGCAGUGGUUCGGGAACAGAUACUCAGACAUGUACUAAAGUCCCUUGUCCAAUUGAUGGUGAAUGGACAACUUGGACGUCUUGGGGAACUUGCACUGUUACUUGUGGUGGUGGCGCACAAGAUCGCACUCGAUCCUGUACAAAUCCUGCGCCACAAUAUAACGGAGCAGCUUGCGCUGGUAAUGGUCUGGAAACACAGUCAUGUAAUACUCAAGUUUGCAUAAUUGAUGGUGCAUGGGGACAAUGGCAGUCAUGGGGUGUGUGUUCAGUUACUUGUGGUGGCGGUCGUCAGUCAAGAAUGAGAGUAUGUGAUGAUCCAAGACCAGCUAAUGGCGGACUUCAUUGUAGUGGUUCAUCAAGCGAAUACGGAUACUGCAACACACAAGCUUGUCCCACAGCAGCAUAUGGAGCAUAUGUACAAACAUGCCCAACAGGUUGGUUUUCAUGCCAGCAUGGGUCCGUUUCUUGUAUAGAUGAAGCAUUUAAGUGUGACUGUGAGGAGGAUUGUGAGGAUGGCAGCGAUGAGACGACGUCAUAUGCAAGUUGUAAUCCACAUAUUUUGGCGACCUGUCCUAGCGGUGCUGAUAAAAUAUCAACCAUUUCGCUUGUCACUGUUGUAUGUAUGAUUGGAACAAUACGAAUGAUGUUGAUGGUCCUUUGGUAUCAAUGAACAGAAUAAUGAUUUAAUGUGAUAUAUGACUUACUUUAUUUGUAUCUGGUCAUGAAUUCGUCACAAAUUUGACCGUUUUCCUUUGGUUUUAAAAGAGUUCAUGUUUUCUACCUUGGUUUGAUCGUUCAUUAUGAAGGUAUAUCAAUAAAAAUGCUUCAGGCACACCAAAUUCAUAAAUGUUUUUUUCUUUUUAUGGACAUACAGAUAAUAUGUUUUAACAUGAUUUUGUAAAGUUUAGUACACCAUUGAUUUUCAUUGCAGAAUAUGUAUAUGAAACUUCUUGAUAUAACAUGUAAGAGUGCUAAAUUACUCUUAGUAUCUUUAAAAAAAAAAGCACGAUUAAAUGUAUUACAAAAAUCAUGCGCUUAUGGCAUAAUACAAAUCAUUUUACUCUUUUUUUCAAAAACAAACAUGAAAUCACCGAAUAUAUACUGAUGAAAAUGCUGUGUUGUUUUGUCUAAUUUUGUACGUGUUGCAUGUUGUUUAAUAUACUUCUAUCAGCAAAUAUUAAAUGAAUUAUAUGCCUUGA